CUCAUGACCUUUUGGAAUUAUCAAAUUCCAUUGUUUUAACCAAAGAAAAUAUGGUGCAUAGGAUAUCCAGUAAUUUACAGAUGCAAAAAUUUGACUUGGACACUCUUCAGUCCAAGCUGGAGUCGGUAAUUGGGCGUAAUUUUGUUGCACGAAUAUCUGCGAGAGACCUGCUCAAGAAGGAAGACAUUUCGCAGCAGCAGAUAUUGCAGGUGCUGAGGGAAGAAAUCUCGGGGCCGAUCAUAUGCGCCCUGGACACGCUGAAUCCGCAGCUGGUUCGUCUGAAGGUGCUCAAGGGCAGGUACGAGGAGACCCUGGUGACAUGGCUGGCCAUGAACUUUCUUGUCAUCGAGUACAAGGCGCUGUGGAAGUCCAUCGACAACGACUGUCCCACUUGGGACACUUCCAACGUUUGGGACAACUCGCAACAACUCUUGCAAGAGUUGAUUGGCAUAAAUUUAAAGUUUGAAGACCAUCUGCUGCUGCAGAUUCGAAUGUCCAGUCUGAGAGUGGAAUCGCAGGAAAAAGUGAAGCCUCACCUUGGUGCCCCUUGGCCCAAAAUUGCGGAAACUUCAGCUAUAAAUCAGUACAUUGACCUAAUCAAGUUCCAAAUUGGCUGUAUCCAACAGAAAUUAAGGGUAUGCGAGACAGAAGUUAAAAGCCUGGAAAAAGUUGAGAAGAAGUUUGCCAAAAUGUAUAAAAACCUGGAGAAAGAGGAUAAAUUUGGAAAGCGAUCUCUGCUUGCAUGUUGGAGCAAGAAAAGACCGUUGACCGCUUCCAACUUGCACAUCUGGGAAUUCUCUCCAGACACUCCAGCAUUGUCUUAUCAACUCCCAGAAGUUUCCUCACAAAUAAGGACCGAAGCAAGUGGAGAGAGUGCCGCUCAGGAGGUGGCAAGGCGCUCCACCAUGCAUGUGUGGAGGUUUUUGGGCGAGGCCAAAUGGCGCCUUCCUGGCCAAAUGGUCAAGCUGGCGCACCACUUACAAGAUGUAGAGAAAAGACUCGUAGAGAAGCAAGAGAAGCUAGAUGAACUGGAAUUGGUGGUGCAGCAGCUGAAAAAGGUCAAAAACGAAAAGAACCUUUUGCACCAUGAAUUAGCACGCAACAGGAAGUUCCUCACGCAGAUCCUACUUGAGAAGCUGGUCAAUGAAAACCAGACGCUAAAGCAGCUCAGGGUGUCCACCCGCUACCCGCAGAGCGAGGACCCUGUUGUGCAGGAACUUGUGCAAAAAAACCUUGUGCUUGAGCAUCAGGUACAAGCGCUUGAAAGGGUUGUGGAAUACAAUCGAGAAGAGGCUGCGCGGCACAAAGAACGGUCCUGCAGCAUCACCAACAGCCUGAACAAUGCUAUCAACUCGCUGGAGCAGAUUGCAGUCAUGUUCAUUCUACACGAGCGCACCGACCAGCAACUUGUCCUGAAGCUCAGGUCGAUCGUGCAGACCGACGACCAUCUACAGGGCCUCGUUGGGAUGCUCAAUAAAGAGGACCUUUCUGUACUGCAAGAGUCUUUGCAGAAAGGCAAUGUGGACCAGGUGUUGUCUGACCUGGUGGAAGACCUUGACCGCCAGCAGAGUGCAUUCCGUGCCCUGAUGCAGCAACUGGGCCCUGAGGGUCUUGCAGUGGCCAUCAGACAUUUGCCUGCUGCCCAGGUAGAUGCCCUUUUAGAGGCUGUGGCUGAUGAGAGGCUCGACACAACAACAGAGCUUCUCAGGAGGGCUAAACCAGACGCAAUUGAUCUUUCGGAAGAUCAAGUUGCUGAAGACCGAGUCACAAGGGUCGUCAGUCAACUGCACCAACUACUUGAACGAAUUGCAUGAAUGAAAAUUGGCAUUUCUUGAUAUCGGUGGUAUAAAAUUACUGAGUUUCAAUAAGUUUUUUUAAUAAUACUAAUUGCAUAAUAAGAUGAUUGCCUAUCAAUAAAAAAGAAACAAAGGCAAUUAAAAUCAGAGGAAAAUGGGAAUGAGUAUUUAAAUAUACAACAAAACAUUGUGUGUAAUUAAAGAUUUGUUGAGAUUUAAUGAAAUAAUAAAAUGAACCUAUACUAUCGGUACUA